UGUCUUCAGUUUUUGUCACUUUUGUUCAUAAAUUUAAAAGGUACGUUUGAAAAAGGUACACAAGAAAACACUUGCACCUGUUUUCAACUUUUCUGAUUUUUUUUUUUUUUUUUUUUUUUUUUUUUUUGGUACUUUUAAUUUAUUUAACAGAAAUAAAAUGUCUAAAGUUGUUUCGUGUUCUAAUUCAACACCUCCUGUUGAAAUAUGCUGUGUGGAAAUCCUGCUGGCAGAUUAUAAAAAGAAAACACAACUGCAGAAUGGAUUUUGAGGCUCAUUCUUCAGGUAAAUGUGAAAUCGUUACUGGCUGAUGUUCACGUUAUAGUUAGUCUCCUCAGUGGCCGACGAGAGAUCUUUCACCACUGUGCUACAUUCUCAUGCGCUGCAAAUAUAAAACCGCCACCUCAGACCUGCUGCCACUAUUUGCUUGUAGUGUUGUAGCUCAGCAUCCGAAGCCGCGGCCAUGCUCAGAGUGUCGUCUUACCGCAAGCUGUUUGAGGAGCAGAGCUGGAGUCCAAAUGGAAGAUCCAGUAUGCAGUGUGCAGAGCAGUACCAGGCCUCCGCCAGGGGUGCCACUGCUGACGAGUGUGACUGUGACAAGUUAGACUUCAUAGCUGCCAGGGAGCUCAACAAGGAGGGUCUGGACCAGUUUGUCAAAGACCGCACCGUCAUCGCUGCUCUCAACGACCGACUGGUCAGGCUGAUUGAACUGGCCCAUUGUCUUGAGGAGGAGAACGAGUUUCUCGAGUGUCAGAUUGAGGAGCUGGAGGACGAGCCGAGCGACCGACAAGCCUCCUCCAGCUUCACCACCACUGUGGCAGGACUGGAUUACAGCCUGGACGCAGUGGUGGACAGACUGCGUGUGGAGAGGGAUGAGAUCCUGUGCGACACAGAAAAGCUGCAGAGAGAGCUGCAUCGUCUAAAGCAGGAGUAUGAGAAGUUUUCUCAGCAGAGGAUCUUCCUCCAGCAGGAACGCCAAGAUGUUGCUGAGGAAGUGGAUGCUGUGACAGCAGAGUGUUUGGCGUUGAGGGAGCAAGCGGCUAUCUAUGAGGAGCAGCUGGCCAACAUGGAGGCCCAGCACAAGACGGCAGUGGAGAGUCUGCUGGAGCCAGCUGAAGAGACUACAGAAGCGGUGGCGGCUCUUAAAUUUGGCAGCCCUGACAUCACUCCGGCCUUGGAUGUAAAGGAGUACUACUGCCAGCUGGCCGAGAGCCUCCAGUUCAAGCGAGGUGCAUCCUCCUCCUCUGCUGUGGUUCCCAGUGGGGAUGGAAAACAAGUGGGAGUGGGAGGAGCUGUGGGGUCAAAGACAAAGGACAUCAGUGAAAUGAAGAUGCUGAUUUCAGAGCUACAAAAGGAGCUUUCUGAGCUUGAAAAGUACAGUGAGGAGUUGGAGGACGAGGUUGACAUGAAGAAGGCUGCAUAUAUGGAGGAGAUUGCUGAGUUGGAGUGUACUAUAGAAGACAUGAGGCACCAGGAGGACGACCUCGAUGCGCAGAUGAAGGAGCAGUGUGAAGCCUACAAGGAGCUGCUCAGGGAGAAGAUGGCCAGAGACAUGGAGAUUACUGCCUACAGGAGUCUGGUGGAGGGAGAGGAGGAGAGGCUGUGCAACCUGUGACUGGAGGCCGGAGAGUCAGACAGGCUUGAUGCUCUCACACACACAGAUCAGAAAAUACACAAAGAGAACGCAAAAAAAACCAGACCCAAAUCAGCACUAGGAUGAAGCUUAAGGUACCAACGCAGCAAUGUGAGCAGAUGUAAACUUAUCAUGACGGAUUAAUGCGGACUGGAGGCCUAAGCCGGGCCAUUGAUAACAGGUUGCUGGCAGAUGACCCCGAGACUACAAGAAAGAUGGAGCUGUCUGAGACUGGUGGGAGGACAGGGGCUGUGCAAUGAGUGUGUAUCCAUUCAGUGUCUGGCAGAGAUAUUUCCUUAAGUGGGUUUUAUCUAUACUUGCUCGCUGAUAUGAUUCAGAAAUGUUUUGUCACUUUUCUGCUGAACAAGUCUCACACAGAAACACAAGCUAAACUGUACGGCUCCGGGGAGUCAUUCCCUCCAUGAUACACCUCGUCCAUCACUCAAACAUAGACUGAUUACCAGCUCUUAACCUUUACCCUCUCCGCUGUUAACAAACAUAGUGACAGCUCUCUCUUCGGUAACUAAAAGCAUCUCACCUUCUCUUUGCUUUUACAGUCAUGCAUUCAUGUUGGUUUUACAUAUAACUGACGCUCAAGUGCACCGUGCCCUGUGUUUGGUUUGCAAAUGGUUCAUGAAGUUGUUUUUCUGCCGCUCUAACAGAACAGAACGUGCACCUGGAUCUUUCUCGAAAGAAAAGCCUGCAUGAUUCAUUAUUUCUUCUUUGAAAGCAAUGUCCCAAUUUUCUGUCAUUUCAGGAAUAAGCAUUUGGUAAUACAUUCUUCUGUAAUCUUUUCCUUAUUUUUCUACACAACUUUAAAGCUGUCUGUGAUAAAUCAUUUUUGGUUCCUGCUUCUGCACAAGCAUCAGGAUGUGCUUUAGGUUUAAAUAUAAUAAAACUAGUUGCUCAAGAGAUCAUCUCAGACAGUUUGAUUUCUUUUCAUGAAAAUCUGUGUUUCAUGAGAACUGGUUGUGAAUCCUUGGGUUUAAGAUUUUCCCUGCACAAUAAAACUAUGCAAGGAGUAGAGUGAUUUAUGUUCAGUGAUCCCUCUUUCAUUCAUCUUCAUGCUUAACGUGAGAUUUGAACAUUCCCAGCUAUUAAUGAUCUGAAAGGCUUGUUAGCUCUGCCAUAAAGAUGAAAAAUGCGGCUAAUAACAGAUCAGAUAAGAUUAGCCACAGUCGGUGAACUUGUGAUGAGGAGUUAGCCUCUGUAAUAAUUGAGUUCAGUGUCUGGAGAAGGGGGCUGGGACUGGGUGGCCACGGUGACUUGUUUAAUUGUCCCGACAUGAAACAUGGCUGGACCCCAGAGGAAGCUGCUAUGUCUGUUUCAAGACUUCAGAGAAGAGCUCAAAGACAUGUUUUCCCUCAGUGCUUCAUUCUGUAUCUCUUAAAUAAAGAGAGUCUACAAACCACCCAAUGUCUGU